GUUUUUCACAGUGUCUGUAAUCUGAUUACAAUAUUUUUUGCUGGUAAUGUAACUGAUUACCUUUAUUACUAUUUUUUUUUUUGAUUACAUGUAACUGAUUACUCCCCAAUCCUGAUUAUCAUUGACAAUUGAUGUCUACUAAAUUCCCAUUGAUUUAUUCUAUGACAACAGGAAGUAUUACUACCAAUAUAAACAAGCCAGCACUUAAGUGCUUCCAUAAUUGUCCAUGUCAACUGUUUACUUGUGCAGUCGUUAAGUUAAACAAACUCGUGGUGCGUUGUAUCUUCCCAGGGUUUAGCGAACAUGUUGUAAGAUUAAUUUGAGAACCACAAGAUGUAUAAUAGGCAAUUGGGGAGCAUGCAUGUAUUCUCUGGCCAGUAGUUGAUGCAGUUGCGAGUGAUAUGUAUUUGAAUACGUUUCACGGAUGCACGCGCAUCUUAUCAGAGGCUUUGAUAUACUAACUAGUCUAACUGAUGGACAACAGGUGGUGCUAAAUUGUAAUUUACUGUAGUGGGGCCUCGGAGAACAUCAUUUCGAAAUAUGCCACGUUUUUAUAAUAUUUGACUGAAUGACUGGUAAGUGAAUUUCAUUUUGAAAUGUAUAUUGAACCGAUACUUUGUUGUAAACGGUAUUUAUCAUGUCUACUGUCUAUAUCUGUAUUUUUUAGUGUGAGUAGGCCUUAUAUUACUGUAUUUUGUGCAAGGUGUCAUGUCGAGAUUUUCUAAACAAUUUCUGGUUGUUGCACAUUCAACCUACCAGCUCUCACAGUCUACAUUCAACAGCAUUUCUUUGAACGGUUUUCCAAAUCUUACACGUUUGGGAUUCUGAGUAAAACAAAGUGAGUGUUACCCCCCAUGCAAUUUGGAAACGUAUUACUGUAUAAUGAGCCUAUCAUAUGCCUUAGCUAAAGCAUUAUUAGAGCACAUCCAGACACAAACAAUAUAGACUUCAUUGAAGACUUUGUCCUUUUAUGGAGCCUCCUCCACAGUGAGUUAGCAACCAGGGUCCAUUCUUACAUUCCUGUAUCUCCCAGAGUGAUGGCGCUCCUGCUUAGGGCUCUAGUGCUACCCGUCUUUCUGUCCUCGGUGCCCUGGGUGACAGGGUCAACGUUCACCCUGCUCCUGUCCUUGCCCAACACCUCCAUGCCCUUCAGUGUGGGCAGGAUCGGGGCGGGAGCCCUCAUCGCCAUCGACGCCGUGAACCAGAGCCCCGAUCUGUUGGCAGGUCAUUUGCUGAAGCAUGAAUACGUGGAUGACGAGUGUAGCGAUGUGAAUGGCCCGGGGAAGAUAGUGGAGCUACUGCACAUACGGAACUACAGCGCUUUCAUCGGCCCCGCCUGCUCCGAAGUGUGUGCGAUCACUGCCAAGCUUGCAGCUUUCUGGAACAUUCCCGUGGUCAGUCCCACCUGUGCAGACCAGCAAUUUCUCAUCAAAAAGGCUUACCCCACUCUUACCAGAGUGUUUGGCCCCUUCACCAAGAUGGGCUUGUUCUUCGUGAAGAUCUGUGAGAAGUUUGGCUGGAGACGUAUAAGCAUUAUCUACGACCACAGACCUGCCUGGAUCAUCCCUGCUGAGGGAAUCAGGUAUCAAGCUGAAGUCAAUAAUAUCACUGUGGCUAAAUACCUGGAGUUUCGAACACCUCUCGGGCAAGACAACACUCACACAGCCCUCACACAAGCACGUUUGCUACAGGAGGUUGCCGAGGUGUCUCGCAUCAUAGUGAUCUCAGCGCGUGGGGAGGUGGUCAGGGGCUUCCUGAUCGAGGCCCACAGGAGAGGCCUCACCACAGGGGAUUACGUCUUCUUCUGCUUCGAGCCCUACAGGCAGGAGGAGAUGUUUGGCAAAUUUGACUGGAAAAGAGGAGAUGUGGAUGACUCUGUGGCUAAGCAGGCCUUCAAGGCUCUGUUUCUACUCUCUCUGUACAAACCCAACGACCAGAGGUACUGGAACUUCUCCAACGACGUCAUCCGCAGAUCCAGAGAGGACUUUGGCUAUGGCUACGCACCCAACGAAAAGGUGUCAGUGCUGGCAGCCAUAGCCCAUGACUCUGUAUGGCUGUACGCUCAGGCUCUGAAUGAAACCCUGGCGGAACACGGAGACCCGUACAACGGCUUCACCAUAACCCGCAAGAUGUGGAACCGAACCAUCACAGGUAUCCAGGGUGACGUUACCAUGGACGCCAAUGGAGACAGGGAGACUGCCUAUAUGAUGAAACACAUCCAGGGCGGAGACAACGACAGCGAGUUCAAAGUUAUCGCCAAUUACUUUGGUACAAAUAAGGCUUAUGAGCCAGUGGAGGGGGUCCAAGUCUACUGGCCAGGAGGGAGGAAGACUCCACCGAAGGACACACCCGACGUUGACUUCAAAGAUGAGCUCUUCUAUAACGAGAGGAGGUUUGCGAUAGCUGUGGGGACCAUUGCUGUUUUCCUGGCCACCGGGACACUUAUCGUUUGUCUUCUCUACAGGAAGCACAUCAUCCAGAAGAAGGUGUCUGUGAUCCUAUGGAGGGUUAGCCCCAGUGAUUUCACCAUGAUGGAGCACAGCUCGUCCUCGGCAGGAAAGGUACCGUACCUCAACUCCAACUCCAUCCACGCUUCUCUGGAGUCCAUCCUCGGAAAUAUGAAAGACAAACCAUCCUCCCACAGAACGGCCGUUUAUAAAGAGAACAUCUGUUCAGUGCGACUGCUGUAUGUGAAGAGUGUGUGUCUGAACAGAGAGCUGCUCACUGAACUGAAACAGUGUAAAGAUUUGAGCCACCCAAACAUCUGCAGCUUCAUCGGUGCUUGUCUGGAACCUCCACAGCUCGUUCUGCUGACUGAGUACUGCCCUAAAGGGAGCCUGCGGGACAUUUUGAAGAAUGGUUCCAUUAAGCUUGACUGGAGCUUCAAGUUCUCCCUGAUGCUGGACAUUGUCAAGGGGAUGGACUACCUGCACCGCAGCCCCCUGCGCUCCCAUGGUCACCUGUCGUCAUCUAACUGUGUGGUGGAUAGUCGCUUCGUCCUCAAGGUGACCGACCAUGGCCUCAGUCUCCUCAGAAGACCCCCAGGACAGGACGAGAAGGGCUGGUCCAAAGAACACUGUACAUCCUUACUGUGGAGGGCCCCGGAACUGCUGAGGGACAGCAUGCCCUCCUCUGGCACCCAGAAGGGGGAUGUCUACAGUUUUGGCAUUAUUGUUCAGGAGGUGGUGUACCGCAGCGGCCCUUUCCACAUCCCCAACAACAACCUCAAGGCAAGAGACAUAGUGGAGAGGGUCAGGGCCGGGGUGGGCGUGGGGGGCGGAGGUAGCCCCCUCAGGCCCCACACGGACAGGGCAGAGUGUCCAGAGGGUGUGGAGGCUCUGCUUUGGGCGUGCUGGAGUGAGAGACCCAGCGACCGACCAGACUUCUCCUCCCUCAGGGUGACUGUAAAGAAACUCUGCCCCAGCGGCGUGGGCGAGAACAUUCUGGAUGACCUGCUGUCCCGCAUGGAGCAGUACGCCACCAACCUGGAGGAGGUGGUCAGGGAGCGCACCGCCCAGCUCCUGGAGGAGAAGAGGAGGGCCGAGGGCCUCCUCACCCAGAUGUUGCCACGAUCGGUGGCUGUCCAGCUGAUUGCUGGUAAGACGGUGCAGGCGGAAACCUACGACUGUGUCACCAUCUAUUUCAGCGACAUCGAAGGAUUCACCGCCAUGUCGGCCAAUCUCACGCCAAUGCAGGUGGUGAACGUGCUGAAUGACCUGUACACGUACUUUGACAAUAUCAUCGACCACCACGAUGUUUACAAGGUGGAGACCAUUGGCGAUGCAUACAUGGUGGUAUCUGGCCUGCCCAUUAGGAACGGGGACGACCAUGCCAAGGAGAUUGCCCGCAUGUCUCUGGCAGUGGUGCGGGGCAUGAGACAGUACAACAGUCCACACGUGCCCCAGCAGCAACUCAAAGUCCGCAUUGGACUCCACUCAGGUCCAUGUGUGGCUGGUGUGGUGGGACUGAAGAUGCCCCGGUUCUGUUUGUUCGGAGACACAGUUAACACUGCCUCACGGAUGGAGUCACAUGGCUCACCAUUGAAGAUCCAUGUGAGCAGCUCCACCAAAGCUCUCCUGGACACAUUUAGGACGUUCCGCUGUGAUCUGAGAGGAGACAUCCACAUGAAGGGGAAGGGGCUUGUGAGGACAUUCUGGCUUUUGGGAGAAGACCAGUGAAAAUGUUAUGUUUUCUGUAAUUUGAUUUGGUCUGUGUCUCAGAAGUAAAGAGCAAAUAAAAAAUAAAAAAAUCUAAUAUAUUUGUAUGUACUGUAACUUCUUUUCAUAAUUUUUUUGAUGCAAUUUGUAGUUUGAGUGCAAUGUCAAGGAUCACUGAGCAAAUGCUUAUUCUUUGGAAAACGGAUGUAGUAUCAAAAUAUCAAAGCUAUCACCAUUCCAAUUCUUGGAUGUUGUGUACUGUACAGUAUUUUCUCUACCUUUAUGUUUUUGUAUGGCUUCUUAUUUAUUGGUUCACCUUUAAAGAGCCAACUCUAUUCACUAGAGGUUUUAUAUAUUUCUACAUUAUUUUAUAUAUACAGUAUUAUGUUUUUAAAAUCUUAUAUCUCAUUGCAUGAUCAUUUAUUUAAAAAAAAUAUUAAAUAAUUAUUUCACAAAUGAUUGAUGUGUGAGUGUCACGGAUUCUGCCGAGGCUGCUCCUCCUCCUUGCUCGGGCAGGCUUCGGCGU